UGCUCAUCCGUGCCACGUGCCAGUGCCCAUCAGUGCCAUGUGCCAGUGCCCAUCAGUGCCACCCAUCAGUGCCAGUCAGUUCCACCUAUCAAUGCCAAUCAGUGCCACCUGUCAGUGCUGCCAAUCAGUGCCACCUAUCAGUGCCAGUCAGUGUUGCCUAUCAGUGCGCAUAAGUGACAGUCAGUGCCACCUAUCAGUGCCAGUCAGUGCCGCCUAACAGUGCCAGUCAGUGCCGCCUAACAGUGCCAGUCAGUGCUGCCUAUCAGUGCCGCCUAUCAGUG